AUGUUCGCGUCUGGUGGUGCGGACAAUAUAAAGCAGUGGAAGUGCCCAAAUGGGGAGUUCAUUCAGAAUCUUCCCGGGCAUAACACUAUCGUUAAUUCGUUGGUGUCUAAUGAAGACGGUGUGCUUAUCUCAGGAGGUGACAAUGGGUCGAUGUUUUUCUGGGACUGGAACAGUGGUUUUUGUUUCCAAAAAGAGCAAACGAAAGCGCAACCGGGCUCGAUCGACUCAGAGGCUGGUAUCUUCGCGUUAACGUUCGAUCAGUCGGGCUCCAGGCUGAUCACGGCCGAAGCCGAUAAAACAAUCAAAAUGUACAGAGAGGAUGACACUGCG